CAUAAUCACAUACUAUAUUGUCCUGACAGGUCUGCAAAUGCAACCCAUGAAGUCAUCAAUGUCACCCUCCACACGACACUGGCUGCUACUACCAAAUUGGUGGUACCUACACCUGCUAAACCUAUCCUUCCAGUUCAGACUGGAGUCCAAGCACAGCAAGAGGAGCAAUCUAGUGGCAUGACAAUUUUUUUUAGUCUUCUUGUAUUAGCUAUCUGCAUCAUAUUGGUGCAUUUACUGAUAAAAUACCGACUUCAUUUUUUACCAGAGAGUGUGGCUGUUGUUUCUUUAGGUAUCCUUAUGGGAGCUUUUAUAAAAAUCAUAGAGGCUCAAAAGCUGGCCAACUGGAAGGAAGAAGAAAUGUUUCGUCCAAAUAUGUUUUUUCUGCUUUUGCUUCCACCUAUUAUAUUUGAAUCUGGAUAUUCAUUGCACAAGGGUAAUUUUUUUCAGAACAUCGGUUCCAUCACUCUGUUUUCUGUAUUUGGCACUGCAAUAUCAGCUUUCAUUGUAGGUGGAGGAAUUUAUUUCCUGGGCCAGGCUGAUGUAAUUUAUAAACUCAACAUGACAGACAGUUUUGCAUUCGGCUCUUUAAUAUCUGCGGUUGACCCUGUGGCUACUAUUGCCAUUUUUAAUGCCCUCAAUGUGGAUCCUGUACUUAACAUGUUGGUUUUUGGAGAAAGCAUUCUCAAUGAUGCAGUCUCUAUUGUCUUGACCAACACAGCAGAAGGUUUGACAAGAGAAAAUAUGUCAGAUGUAAGUGGAUGGCAAACCUUUCUACAGGCACUGGGAUACUUUCUCAAGAUGUUCUUUGGUUCUGCGGCGCUUGGCACACUUACUGGUCUUAUUUCUGCAUUAGUGCUAAAGCACAUUGAUUUAAGGAAGACACCCUCCCUAGAGUUUGGGAUGAUGAUUAUCUUUGCUUACCUUCCUUAUGGACUUGCAGAGGGUAUCUCACUCUCAGGUAUCAUGGCAAUCCUCUUCUCUGGCAUCGUGAUGUCUCACUAUACACACCAUAACUUGUCCCCGGUUACACAGAUUUUAAUGCAGCAGACACUGAGAACUGUUGCUUUCAUGUGUGAAACGUGUGUUUUUGCAUUUCUUGGCUUGUCAAUUUUUAGUUUUCCUCACAAGUUUGAAAUGUCCUUUGUCAUCUGGUGCAUAGUACUUGUUCUGUUUGGUAGAGCAGUGAAUAUUUUCCCACUUUCCUACCUACUCAACUUUUUCCGUGAUCAUAAAAUCACCCCCAAAAUGAUGUUUAUCAUGUGGUUUAGCGGUUUACGUGGUGCAAUUCCCUAUGCUCUCAGCCUACAUUUGGGCUUGGAACCCAUAGAGAAGCGGCAGCUCAUUGGGACAACAACAAUCAUCAUAGUACUGUUCACGAUUUUGCUGCUGGGAGGAGGAACCAUGCCCCUCAUCAGACUGAUUGACAUUGAAGACUCCAAAGCACGCAAGAGGAACAAGAAGGACAUUAAUCUUAGCAAGACAGAGAAGAUGGGAAAUACCAUAGAAUCUGAACAUUUAUCAGAGCUCACAGAGGAGGAAUAUGAAGCCCAGUACAUAAAACGCCAGGACCUCAAAGGGUUUAUGUGGUUUGAUGCCAAGUAUUUGAAUCCUUUCUUCACCAGAAGACUCACACAAGAAGACUUGCAUCACGGGCGCAUACAGAUGAAAACUCUCACAAACAAAUGGUAUGAAGAGGUACGACAAGGACCCUCAGGAUCUGAAGAUGAUGAGCAAGAGCUGCUAUAGCAGACUGGGGCAGGAGUGCAGUAAGUUUAUCAUUAGAGCAUGAGAAAGAGGAUUUAAGUAUCAAGAGUCUGACUGCACAGAAGCUGGAAAGCUAAGAAUGAGCUUUCUCAUUUCAGGCAUGUCUUGUGCUACACAUUUAGGUACAAAACUGCAGACCUACUGUGCUCGAUAUUACU